AAGAAAGAAAGAAAGAAAAAAGGAAAAAAAAAAAAAUUACUUCCAUUUUCUUGCUUGCUCUGUGUUAUCUAUUGCUAGGUUUGUUGAGAAAAAUGGGGAGAGGAAAGGUGGUAUUGGAGAGGAUCCCCAACAAGAUCAACCGACAAGUAACCUUCUCUAAGAGAAGAAGUGGUUUGCUCAAAAAAGCUUAUGAACUGUCUCUGCUUUGUGAUGUUGAGGUCGCUGUCAUCAUUUUCUCUAGCCGUGGCAAACUCUCCGAGUUUGCUAGCAAUCACAGUAAUGUGGACAAAAUCCUGGAACGGUACAGGCAGUACUAUUAUUCGUCAAGUUCCAGCAGGAUUGCUGAGAAUGAAAAAGAGAUCUUAUAUCCGGAUAUCUUAAAAUUAAGGGCAACAUAUGAGUCUCUCCAGCGCUCACAAAGGCAUUUCCUUGGAGAAGAUCUUGAACAACUGAGUCUGAAAGAUUUGCAAGAGAUUGAGAAACAGCUUGAUGAAACACUCUAUCAAGCUAGACAAAGAAAGACGGAAAUGAUGCUACAACAGUUGGAAGAACUGCAGCAAAAGGUAAGAGUUAAGGCAUCGUUAUUAAAUAGCUUUUCCUUUCGGUAA